GUUUUGGUGAAGCGUUGUGAGAAACUCCGUCUAAGUCUUCUCAUUGUAACAAAAAAAAUCAAAGGCGAAUGGUUUUCUCAUUUUCUCAUUUUACUUUUUUUAAACAAAUACAAAUAUCCACAUAACGAUACUGAUAUAUUAAUGUUAUAAUUUAAUAAGUAGCCUUUUAAACAACGUGGGAAAAGCAUGAAGAAGAAGCACGCUGCGAAGAGCGAGGCGGUGGUCGCUAAAGCUGCUCAGCAGAAGGAUUAUGUUGUUGGCCUGGUAUCAGACAGCCUGACUCCAGAUCAGACCACAUCAGGGGCACUAUCCUCUCUUUUUUCAGUUGCCACUAAAAAGAACACCCUGGUCUUCAUUCCAGCACCAAAACCAGAAGUGAAGGCCGGUCCUAUAAAACAGGAAGCAUGUCGUGUAGCAGGUGGAGGAGAAGCAGUGAAACAGAAGAAGGCCAAACAGAAAUCAGCAGCUGAAAAGAAGCUGGAGGACAGGGAGGAAUCGUUAAAAAACGCAGACGACGCCGAAGAGGAAAAACGUCCGAAAAAGGCCAAGCGCAAAGCUCCAGAAGCGGACGAUGAUGAAGAAACGCUGGCAGACGCACUUUCCGUGAAACGCCGCAAAGUGACCUGGAACAAAGCGGAAGAGAGAAUUAAACAGAAAAGGACCGUGUUUGUGGGGAACCUGCCUGUGAACUGCACAAAGAAGGAUCUGAAAAAGCUCUUCAGGGAUCUGGGAGCCAUCGAGUCGGUGCGAUUUCGCUCAGUCCUUCGGGAAGACCCAACCAUGUCCCGCAGGCUCGCUGCUAUCCGACGGCAAGUCGACCCCAAAAAAACAAGCAUUAAUGCUUAUGUGGUGUUCAAGGAUGAGGAUGGAGCAGCAAACGCCCUACAAAGGAAUGGCAUGGAGAUUCAGAAAGACGUUUACAUCAGAGUGGAUCGAGUUGCCCAGUACGGUUCGCAUGACCAUAAGAGGUCUAUCUUUGUGGGCAACCUUCCAUAUGAUAUAACUGAGCUGCCUUUACGCCAGCACUUUGAGGAUUGUGGAAAUGUAGAGGCUGUGCGAUUAGUGAGGGAUCGAAAUACCGGAGCGGGAAAAGGCUUUGGUUACGUUCUCUUUGAGAGCACAGAUGCUGUCAUGUUGGCGCUGAAGCUGAAUGGCUCACGGCUGCUCGAGCGGAGUAUCAGGGUGAAGCGCUCAGUGAAGAAGGAGAAGGUAAAAAACGAGAGCGAGAAGAAGGGAAGGGGUCCACCUGGGAAAGGAGAUAAAGGGCAGCACGGGCGAGAUGCAGCAAAGAAAAAGGGACCACAGCCCACAAACUUCAAGGGGCCAAAGCGUGCCGAGAACAACAAACCCACAGGAAAGCCCUUCAAGAAAUCGCCUGCGAUGGGAAACAAAACAUCGACCUCUUUCAUGGGAAACAAGUCGGAUCCCGUUUCCAAAAAGGGCAAAGGACUGAGAAAGAAAUUUAAAUCUAACAAUAAGUCGAAACCCUUUCACAUUUAAUUCUGUUCUUAAUGUCAGUUCAGUGUGGAAACAUCAGUUUCUUUCAUGUUUUAUUUGAUAAAAAAAGAAAAAAGAUUUGUAUUAAUGACCUAAAUAAAAGAACAAAAAAAAAACCCUUCAAAUUGACUGCAUCAUCACAUAAUACAUAUAAUCAUUCUUCCAUUGUAAAAAAAAAAAAAAAAAAAAAAAAAAAAUAGAUGAAUAAAACUAGAGGUUAGACAGAGUCUGAACUAAAUCUAAUUCCUUCACAGUAGAUGUCUACUGAUUUACUACAAAAAGUGUUCAAAUAAAUAGUCAAGCUCAGUUCCUGGCAAAUGAUUUGAGUUUUCUAGUUUAGUCUAGAGCUGUGUGUGGGUCUGGUUUAUGUUAAUCCACACCCCCUCCAACAGAAAUCCAACUCAGAUGUGGGAAGUCUGAACCACUUUUUUUGUUUGGUUUUUCUCUGAGCUGGGGAAAUCCAUAGCUGAUGAAAGUGUUUUGUAAGCAAUAAGUCAGCCAUCGUUAGUCAGUUCAGGAUGAUUUUACUUUCUUAGAACACUUGACCAUUCGGUUUGUUGUUUUGUUUCACCAACUGUGUCUAUGCUGAUUAAUUUUGAAUAAAUAUCACUAAACACA